UUCAAGCCAUCACGGUUCGUUUCGGUAAAGUUAUCUCGCUGUUUUCAGAAUUGAUUAAGUAGCGUUAAAACAUUCUACAGUUUUAAGAAGAAUUUUAUUAAAAUCUAUACAACAUGUCGGAGGCAUCCGAUGCACCGUUCAGCACUGUUGAGAUUAACAAUGAGAGUAGAGAUGAAGAAGAUCUCUUCGCUUCGGCGGUCCAGGAAGUCAGUUUAGAUCCAGAUGUUAAUGGUGCUCAAGAAAGCUUAGACAAGGCAAUCUUAGGAGAUAUAACUUCAUCACCUGCUAUGAUAAAUAGUCCAGUUAUGGAAGAGAUAGCAACAGAACGUUCAAAUAAUAUAAUAAUAACGGUAACAGAACCUCAAAAGAUCGGAGAAGGCAUGAGUUCAUAUGUAGCUUACCGUGUAAUAACAAAGACGAAUAUGCCAAUUUUUAGUCGACAUGAAUUUAUUGUGCUGCGAAGAUUUUCAGAUUUUCUAGGUCUCCAUGAAAAAUUAAGUGAAAAAUAUCUCCGAUCAGGCAGAAUUAUACCUCCCGCACCAGAAAAGAGUAUUGUUGGAACAACAAAACUAAAGAUGACAUCUACACCGUCCACGGAAAGUGCGAACGGCACCACAAAUUCUGCGGGGAUGCAGUCACAGUUCGUGGAGCGGAGACGCGCUGCCCUGGAGAGAUUCCUCAACCGCGUCGCGCAGCACCCCGUACUUUGCAUUGAUCCUGACUUUAGAGAAUUUUUAGAAUCCGAUACAGAACUGCCGAAGGCUACGAGUACAUCGGCUUUGAGUGGCGCCGGCAUGCUGCGUCUGUUCAACAAAGUUGGCGAAACCGUCAACAAGAUUACGUACAAGAUGGACGAGUCUGAUCCGUGGUUCGAGGAGCGGUGCGCGCGCAUCGAGUCGCUGGAGGGCGGGCUGCGGCGGCUGUGCGGCGCGUGCGAGGCGCUGGCCACGGAGCGGCGCGAGCUGGCGGCGCGCGCGCACGACGCGGCGCGCGCCGUGGCCGCCGCCGCCGCCGCCGACCCGCACGCGCCGCUCUCGCGCGCGCUCUCGCACCUCUCCGACCUGCACGAGAAGAUUGAACACUUAAGGAAUGAGCAGGCAAACACUGACUUCUACGUUCUGACAGAGCACAUCAAAGACUACCUCGGAUUGAUUGGCGCGAUCAAAGAUGUCUUCCACGAAAGAGUCAAGGUUUUUCAAAACUGGCAACACGCGCAGAUGCAGUUAACGAAACGAAGAGAAAAUAAGGCUAAAGCAGAACUAGCCAAUAGACCCGAAAAAAUGGAGCAGGCUGCUAAUGAAAUUAUUGAAUGGGAGUCGAAAGUGGAGAGAGGCCAGCAGGAGUUCGACACGAUCUCGCGCGUGAUCAAGAAGGAGCUGGAGCGCUGGGAGGAGCUGCGGCUCUCGGAGCUGCGCGCCACGCUGCUGCGGUACCUGCACGACCACAUGCAGCAUGAGGCACAGGCAAUUCGUUACUGGGACGCGUUCCUACCAGAAGCGCGUGCGAUCAAAUGAGUGGGGGACUGGCGGCGAUACCGCGACUGCUUAUAAUCGCGCGACACUCGACCUUAGCACCAAAUGUUUUGUCAUAUAUCUUUACACCAUUAAAUACAGAUUAUAAAUUAAUAUUACACAGAAAUUACUUGGUACAGUUUAAUCUUGCGUCUGCGCAUUGUUAACGGAAGUUAAACAAUAUAAAUGCAAUAUAAUGGUGUACAAUUAGUUAGAAUAACACAAUAAUGAUGAUAUUUCAAUCACUAUAGACGCUAUAAAUGACAAUAAUAACAAAAUGUUGGCAAUUAAGUGAAAUGUGAGAUCUGAAUGAAAUACAAUAGUUUGUUUUUAACGGUGUAAAUUUAAGAUGGCGCUAGUGAAUCGAUAGACAUGUUAGUUCGUAUAUAAUCGUUCAACUUUUACGUCCCAUUAAUCACCUAGUUCACAUUGGAUAUAUUUUUAAGAUAAACAUAAUCAGUAAUUAUUAUGUUGUUUGAAUUAUCUAAGUAACGUUGCUGCUAGUAACCGCCUAGUGCACUUUUUUGUCAAGAUAUUCUCAAUAGCAGCCCAGAUUCUGAGAUAUGGCAGUGUUUACAUUUCUAUGCCUCAAGAACCAAGUUAAACUGUUGGUGUUGCGACCGCACUCUUUCUGUUCGUGUCACAUACCCCAUCAGAUUAUGAGAGAAAAGGAAUAGAAAGUCCAGUGUUUGCGCAAAUGAUUAUGAUCUCCCUGGAGAACGGCUGCUGUAGCCGAAACGAAGGACAAAGCGCUUGUUGCAGACCUCAAUAACAGUAGACAUCAAUUAGGAAUAAAAAACAGAUACUAAAUAUAUUUUGUAUGUGUGGACUAAAAUAUGGGAACAAUAAAAAAUAUAAUAAUUAAAAAAAUAUAUAUGAUUAUAACUUUUGUUGUCGAUGGUACCAAGUCUGUAUUUUACUUUUAAUUCAAUAACUCAAUAUAUUGAUUUUGUAAAAUAGUUCUAUAUUUUUACAAAUGACGAUUUAAACUAACUGACAACCCAUAUAUUGUUCAGCAUUUUAUUUUGUAAUUUUUUCCUAUUGAAGAAGCCAAAGGUAUUGCAUCAUACAGCGAUGUCUUCUAUCUUCUAUUAAUACACAAUUAUUUCACGCUUGGCAUCAAAUAUUAAAGAAACGGUUGUUAGAAAAUAAGAGCAAUGCUAAAAACGUUAUUGACGUGUAAGCAUCUUAGCGCUCGGUACACAGGGCUAAGGGGAGUUUGAGCUUCAGAUGACGUCAGCGUAUGUUUCGAGCGCCAGAUGACGUCAGGGUAAGAUUUGUUAAUGUGUGCGUGAGAUCGGUACAUGAGCUCAGAUGUUUACGCAUCAAUUCUCGUGAGUACCUAGGCAUUUGUACCAUUUUUAUUAGUUAUUAUGGCUGACUUUAAAAUGUACCACCGCCUUAUAUGCUUAAGGAAAUUAAUAUCAAUCGUUUUGUCGGUCGACUAUUAAUUUUUGUAACAUCACAAUAAAUAUUAUUGCAGAUAUUAUCCGGUGUGAACUUGCCUUAAAACUUUUUGUUUCAAAUAUAGUUUUUUAAAUUAAUUUUAAUCAAUGUAUGAUUUGGGACUUCAUACGCAUUUGUAUUUUAAUUUGAUCUCUGUAAUAAUGUAAAUAAGAGAUAAUAUGGUGUCAAAAGUAUUGUUAAAAACCUGACCAAAAAAAAGAGAAAAGACGCAUACUAAAUUACAAAUUUUAAAAGUAGUCUAAAGAAUUGUUUUCCUUGUGUUUUUGAAAAUAAGGUUAAUUUUCCAAAAUUCUUUUUAAAUAGUGGGCUAUAUGAAAACUGCUACUUAAAAUAUUUAUUAUUAGAUAAAGCUAGAUGUAUUGUAAGUAAUAAAAACUUUUUCCCGAAUUAAAAAAAAGCAAUGUGUGCGUCUAUUCUUGUAUAAGUGUGUCUAUAGGCUGUGUCUUCAUAGUAGAACAAAUGAUUCGUUCUGAACAAGUCUGAUUCAUUUUAUUUUGUCUUUCGUUUUAUACGUUUGCGUCAUCGAGGAUGUAUUAUGAAAUGAUUCUAGAAAGUUUAGGCUACAAACGGCGCGGAUUUUGCUUGCAACAGCAACUAGUUAUAUAUAUCGCUACUUCCAUAUAAGUUAAGUUUAUGGAGAGAUAAUUAUUGAUAUUGAGAUGAAUAUCGAUUGGAAAAUUGCAGGAAGCAACUUCGUAUGCGAAAAAUGUUGCCGAAAUGUUUACGUCAAAGAUUUUUUUUUAUAUUUAGCUUAAUAUUACAUGUUUAGCCAAUAUUUUUUGUUGUAGAAUUAACAGUUUUUGGAGUUGAAAACUGAAAUGUCGUAAAUUUUAUAUAUAGGUAUCAGUAAAUGUUAAAUACAUUUUAUAAUAAUUAAUAUUUUAUACGGCCACAGCGAAGUAUCGAUGUUAAAAUUGUAUGCAUACUGUAAUAGUAAACUCGAAAAUAUGAAUCCAUUUACAUAAAUAUUAAUCCAGAAUCGAAACCGAUUUCUGCAAAACAACGUCGUCGUUUUAAACGUUGGCCGAAAAAAAUUAUAAAUUUUAGGUUAUAAUAUUGUUUAUCUGACAUUAGUUAUAUUUUAUUUAAAGUAAAUGUUACAAUGAUUAUAUUUUCACAGCUUUGCUUCAAUGCACAAGUCUUAAUUCAUAUAUAAAUUGAAAAAAAAAUAAACAUACCUCGAUAUCACAUUGUCCAUUUCUACAUAUAAAGUGGUAAAUAAUAAUUGUAUAUGUAAGGAUAUUUUCGUUAUAUAGUCGUGGUAAUGUUCGUGCGACAAUUAUAUUAAAUUUUCUUUGUAUGAACGUUAAUUUAAGAUGAUAAAUUUUGUUGAAAACAUCUAUAUUUUUAUAUCUGUUUUGUUCUAAGAUACGUAUUAUGUAUUAGAAAAUGUAUUCCAAUUUAGAUAAGAUGUUUUUUUUUAGCCAGAAUACUAAAAAUGUUCUAAAUAUACGUAUAAUACAUAGAUUAGUAAGCGAAGCAAAUGAAAAUUUAAAAAAGUGACAUUUUGUAGACCGAAGACAAUCCACAGAGAGAUUUUCAUUUUCCAUUUUUGAAUGUUGUCAUAGAGCAUUCUGGCUAAAAAAAGAAGUUAGUAUAAUUUAUGUAUAUACAUUAGAUAGAACGAUUGAAAAUCUCGAAUCUAAUGUAUUCAUUAUUUUUAUAUUGCCAAAUAUAUAUAGCAGUAAUUUGGUGUAAUGGAAGAGAUAAUUCUAAAUAAAUUUAAAUAAUGUUGAUUUCGAAUUAUAGAAAUUGUACUUUAUUCCAAUAAUAAUAAUUAUUACUUAAAUAAAAAUUGUUUUUUU